UAACGUAAAGAAACAAUAAGAAUUGUAGCCCAAAUUUAAAGCCGUUAAGAUCUGCAUAAUAAUUGAUUCCAUUCAGCUCAUACUAGAACUGAUCAACAUUACUGGAUUCCUGGAUUAUAUUUCUGAGAUUCUGAUUUCAAAAUCAGAAAGAAGAGAACCAGAUGACUUUUCUUAUUGGCUAUGGAUUAACUUGGAUUAGGGAUCUGAUAGCAGCAAUGCGGCAAGAAAAUGCACCAAGAUACCUUGAAGAAAAGAAUGUUAUGUGCCAAAUUGAGGAGGGUCUGUUCUUGGGUUCUUUUGUAGAUGCAAAUAACAAGGAUGCACUGAAAAGCUCUAAUGUUACACACAUAUUAACUGUGGCUGAUUUAGGGGAACCACCAUUUCCAGAUGAGUUUGUAUAUAAAACUAUAGAAGUGAUGGACCGAGACGACACAAACUUGAUGCUGUACUUUGAUGAGUGUUUCAAUAUUAUUGAUGAAGCAAAAAGACUGGGUGGUGGUGUGCUGGUUCAUUGCCUUAUGGGAAUAUCCAGAAGUGUGACUAUUGUGGUUGCUUAUCUGAUGAAAAAGCAUGGUAUGAGGCUAUCUCAAGCUCUAGAACAUGUGAAGAGCAGACGACAACAGGCAGAUCCAAACUAUGGUUUUAUGUCACAACUGCAGCAGUUUGAACAAAACCUUCAAGGUGCAUCAAAUUGAUUGUUACAAGUUAAUAUAUACUCAAGUUUUUGCUUCUCAGCUGCAAUAUUAUCCGCAUAUUGAGUUGAAGAGGCCAAAUUGUUACGUUUAAAUGUAGAGUUAAAUAUUGUU